AAAUUUUGAGUUAUCGAGAGUAAAAUAGUUUAGAUUUCUUUCAUUCACGACAUCGCACCCGAGUACUCACAUUUUUCUAUCCGUGAAUAUUUAUUUAAUCCCAAGAACUGUACUCAGUUUAUAAAUAACAGCUUCUUAUAUUUUAACCAAGUAAUAUGAGAGCGAAGUGGCGUAAGAAGCGUAUGCGGAGGCUAAAGCGUAAACGUAGGAAGAUGCGUGCGAGGUCUAAAUAAACAGGUACAACUGUUGAGGCAGAGGUUAACACUUCAGACUUGCAUUUGUAUCAAAUAAAAAUUUAAAAAUCCAAAAUACAGUUUUAUUUUUAUAUUCAAUCUCUCAAAUCUUUUCAUACACAUAUAAUAGUAUCUAAAUUAUCUCACUUAUUUGAAUUAUUAAACUCUGGCAACUAUAUACAUAAUAUAUUGAUAAUUAUUGAAGAAAAGAUUAAAUAUUCUCAGUGUGAUUUGAAAUCAAUAUAAGGCUUUGGCCCAAUACAAUCUAAUUCAACCUAACGUCAAUUGGAAUAAUUGCAUUAUCAUAUAGUUUUAAAUUAUAAUCUUCGGAAGCAGUAAUUUUUGCUUUAUAUACUUUAGUUUAAAAAAUUGACUGGCCAGUUACAAAAAUCUCGAUAACUUCAAAAUUCAAAUCUUUCGUGACAAUAAUACGAUCGUAACCUCAUUGAUUAAUGCAUUUUUAUAGACGUUUUUCUAAAUUUAUUAUUUUGAAAAGCUGUUCAAAAUGGGUCGAAUGGCUGGAAUUAAAUGGGAAAAGACAAUGCAAUGUCGACCGGUUCAUAACAUAAUAUCGUCAGAUUUUCCUAAAUAUAACCCGCAACCAUGGAAAUUCAUGGAAGGUCCGUCACGUAUUCCAUGGUUAUUAUCCUACGAAUAUCAGCGAAUGUGGGUAGAAGAAAGAGAAGCAUGGAAAAAGAGAAUGUAUCCUGAAAACACAACUGUAAACGUAGAUAUUGUCAAACGUUAUGUCUUAACAUUUAAAUCGAAUCAUCAGCCACCGAAACCUGAACAGAAAAAGCCAUUUAAAAUGAAAAAAUUUGAGGGCGUUGGGAGUCGUACGAGCUCCAAACGACCAGCCAAGGACAAAGCCAUGAAUUUUAAUAAAAAUAAAGAAAAAAGCUAAACUGAA